GUCUAAUCUUAAAGUAUUCAAUACUGGGCUAUUUUUACUUACUAAAUAAUACUGACAAGUAAACAACGGUGGCAACAUAUUCUGAAUUGCAAGCAUUUGUAUGUAUUUCAAAAGACAAGGGUUUUGUUAGAAAAGUUUUGGGAAUUUGUAGAAGCGGAAUCGCUUGAAAAAUGGACAAACAAACACCCAUUGCUACGUAUCCUGACAGAAUAGGAAAGCCAGAACUCAGAGGAUAUUCACCACAAGAUACAAGAGCAACAGUAGUAUGGGACGAUUAUGACUGUGAGAAAUACUAUGUGAGAUGGUGGAUAGAUGGCAAGGAACCUUCUGAAGAACAAUGCCCAGUUCCAAUGUUUACAAUGAAUGAAAUAUGUUCUGGCAGUAGAUAUAACAUACAAGUAGCAGCAUGCAUUACAGAGGAUGAUACUGAGAAAUGUGGACGAUAUUCGGAAGUUUUGACUUUUCAAUCAGGUCCGGAGAAGCCUACUGAUCUUUUUGUACAGCCUCGACGCAAAUCAUCAGAUACUUCAUUCAUAGUGAAAUUUAAUUAUCAACAACUCCCAGGAAUUGAACAUGAGGUUUUCUACAGGAGCUUAACAACAGGAGAAAUAAAUAAAGUCAAGGCUGACCUAGGAUUUGCAAAAAUUGAAAAUCUCACACCUGGUGAUACCUAUGAUAUAUGGGUUGUUGCCUCCAAGGAAGGAGUUGAAAGUGAAUCCUGCAAACUUAAGGAUCCAAUGCAAACAUAUCCUGACAGAAUAGAAAAGCCAGAACUCAGAGGAUAUUCACCACAAGAUACAAGAGCAACAAUAGUAUGGGAUGAUCAUGACUGUGAGAAAUACUAUGUGAGAUGGUGGAUAGAUGGCGAGGAACCUUCUGAAAAACAAUGCCCAGUUCCAAUGUUUACAAUGAAUGAUCUAUGUCCUGGCAGUAGAUAUAACAUACAAGUAGCAGCAUGCAUUACAGAGGAUGAUACUGAGAAAUGUGGACGAUAUUCGGAAGUUUUGACUUUUCAAUCAGCUCCGGAGAAGCCUACUGAUCUUUUUGUACAGCCUCGACGCAAAUCAUCAGAUACUUCAUUCAUAGUGAAAUUUAAUUAUCAACAACUCCCAGGAAUUGAACAUGAGGUUUUCUACAGGAGCUUAACAACAGGAGAAAUAAAUAAAGUCAAGGCUGACCUAGGAUUUGCAAAAAUUGAAAAUCUCACACCUGGUGAUACCUAUGAUAUAUGGGUUGUUGCCUCCAAGGAAGGAGUUGAAAGUGAAUCCUGCAAACUUAAGGAUCCAAUGCAAACAUAUCCUGACAGAAUAGAAAAGCCAGAACUCAGAGGAUAUUCACCACAAGAUACAAGAGCAACAAUAGUAUGGGAUGAUCAUGACUGUGAGAAAUACUAUGUGAGAUGGUGGAUAGAUGGCGAGGAACCUUCUGAAAAACAAUGCCCAGUUCCAAUGUUUACAAUGAAUGAUCUAUGUCCUGACAGUAGAUAUAACAUACAAGUAGCAGCAUGCAUUACAGAGGAUGAUACUGAGAAAUGUGGACGAUAUUCGGAAGUUUUGACUUUUCAACCAGGUCCGGAGAAGCCUACUGAUCUUUUUGUACAGACUCGACGCAAAUCAUCAGAUACUUCAUUCAUAGUGAAAUUUAAUUAUCAACAACUCCCAGGAAUUGAACAUGAGGUUUUCUACAGAAGCUUAACAACAGGAGAAAUAAAUAAAGUCAAGGCUGACCUAGGAUUUGCAAAUAUUGAAAAUCUCACACCUGGUGAUACCUAUGAUAUAUGGGUUGUUGCCUCCAAGGAAGGAGUUGAAAGUGAAUCCUGCAAACUUAAUAAUCCAAUGCAAACAUAUCCAGGAAAAGUGGAAGGUCUUACAACUGACAAAACUUCACCCACAUCUCAAAUCAUCAGCUGGAAGCCUGUAUUUGGAGCAAAUGCAUACUUAGUUAAGAAGAAAAGAUGUGAUGGCAAUUACGAAACAAUUCGAACAUUAGACACAGAGCUCACACUUUCGAAUCUAGAUGGUGGUCAAACUUAUAAAGUCUGUGUUGCCGCAGAAAAUUCAUCAGGGAUAAGUGAAUUAUCAGAACCAGAGAUUUUCACCACUGAUUUAUUGCCUCCCAGACAUAUUUACAGGAGUGCAAUUUGCACUGGGAAUGAUGUUUUCUUGGAAGUCAAAUACACUGGUUCAGAUCAAAAAAUUGGUAAAUAUGUGAUCACUGCAAAAUCAGACUCUGGUGAUUCUCAAACAAAAGAAGAAGAAUCAUGUCAAACGCUAUUCUCAAAUCUGCACGAAGGCCAUUGUUACACAGUUUCUGUUCAAGCUGUUGGAACGAAUGGAGUUGAAAGCAAGAAAGUUUAUGCCGAACCUAUUUGGAUACGACCUGGAACUGUGAAAAACGUGAAAAGUGAAGCCCUUACAGGGAAUUCGGAAAGAGUAUACUGGGAUGAUGUGGAAGGAGCAGAGUCGUAUUGUAUUUUCGUGGAAAAAGAUGGAAAUUCUGUCGAACACAAGAGAAAUGUGCCAGAAAUUACUCUGACAAAUCUUACCCUGAACAAAAGGUGCUCCGUUACAGUCAUGGCGGUCAAUGUAGGAGGUUUGGGGAAAAUAUCCAAGCCAGUUCAUUUUAUGACAGCUCUUUCGCCACCAGAAGAUUUGAAAACUAGCAACAGUCCUCAUCAUAAAGAAUCUGGAAUCCUAGUCUCUUGGAAAGGAUGCGACGGCGCUAUAGAAUAUGAAAUUGACUUGAUAGAAGUUGCAACAAAUCAUCCCAUUCCAGGAAAAACAAAAAAAUGUUCUUAUGAGUUCUAUGAUCUCAAACCAAGUUGCGAGUACAGAGCUUCUGUCAGAUCUAUCUCCGAUAGUCAAAAGAGGAAUAGUACACUCGCCCUAUCUGACAAAAUAUGGACUUACUGCCCAAAAGUUCAUGGAUUGGAAGCAGCAUACAUUACUUUGGACACAUUUAAAUUGAAAUGGAAUCUCAUAUCAUCAGCAAUCGCAUACAAGUUAAGUUAUAAACCAGUUGAUGGAAAUUUUACUGUAAUUGACACAGCAGUAUGUUAUAAAACUAUACCAAACUUGCAACUUGGAAUGCUACACAUUGCCCAUGUUACAGCAGUCAAUGGCGCGGGUGCAGGACAAGAAUCAGAACCUGUUGAAUUCAAAACAGGAAUGAUGCCUCCUGCAGGUUUAGAAGUUACUAACAAUCCGGACAGGCCGAGUACAUCCAUUAACUGCACAUUAAUUGAACCCCAAAACAAGCCAUCAUUCUAUCAAGCAAGAGCAAUUGCAGUUUCGCGACAACAUAGAAGUGAAAUUCAGAAAAUUGACACAGAUUUUUGUAUGACCACAAUAUGUGGCCUUACACCUGGUGUUCAUUAUCUUGUUCAAGCAUGGUCUGUGUAUAAGGAAGAUGAAAAACUAAAUAGUGAAAAAGUUUCCUCUACAAAGAUAUGGACAUGUCCUUGCAAAAUACCCAAAAUUCAAGCACAUAAAGAUUCAACAAGUUCACAAAUUAUUACAUGGAAUAAGGUUCCAGGAGCAACUUCAUACAAUAUACAGCUGAAGAAAAGUGGAAUUGCACCAGUCACACAAUCCACAACUGAUAAUAACAUUCAUUUCAAAGAUUUAGAACUCAAUUGUCAAUACAGUGUAUCAGUAACAGCAUUGAAUUCUGGCGGUGUCGGAGAAGAAUCAGACACACUCGCAUUUAAAACAGCACUUCACCCAGUGGAAAGUGUACAGGUGGAGAACAGCAUGAAAAAUCCAACCACUGAACUUAUUGUAAGACUUGAAGGAUCAGAAGCAUCUUCGACCUCAAAAUACAAACUCAGAUUUAUCAACUUAAAUGAAGGCACAGUCAAAGAAAUUAUAGAAUCUGGAGAUAUUAUUGAAUUGAGUGGACUACAUGAAGGCACAAAAUAUAAAGUAGGAGUGACUUCAGUUCAUGAAACAGAUGAAGAACUUAAUAGUGAAGAAAUAAUGUCUGAUCCGAUUUGGACACGUUCACAAUCGCUGGUUGUUAAAACCAUGAGCAUCAGUCAUGAAGAACAAAAAUUCACGUGGAACGAGAUAGGCAAUGUAUCAGAAUAUGAAUUCCAUUGGAGAAUAGAACAUCAUAGAGACUGGAAACAAGAAAUUGUUUAUCAAGACGAAUUUAUUUUGGAAAACUUGGAACCUGGGAAAAAAUAUGAAGUCUACGUCACAGCAAGUAAUGAUAGUGGUGGGAGCGCAAAGUCCCCCAUGGUACAGUUUUUCACAGUACCUGCUGUUCCAACUGAUCUUCAACAACAAAUACUUUCAACCCAAGAGGUCAAGAUAUCAUGCAAAUUCUGCGAAGGUGCAGACGGAUAUAUUUUCAAAAUCAACAAUAAGAGUUAUAAUACUAAAAUGCCUAUGUAUACAUUGCAAUGUGAAGACCUGGUUGAUUUAGAAGUAACUGUGCAGUCUUACAAUGCCGCUGGAGAAAGCAAUUUAUCAGAUGUGCUGAAGUUUAGACAAGUUAUCCUUCUUCUGCAACAAAAGUUCAAACAAAUGGCUAAAAAGCUUCUAAAUGAAAGUACAUUCGUUACACCAAAGCUCAUUAAAGUUCCUAGCGGUGAUGUCAUUCAAGACCUUAAAUUGCAGGCAACUCAAAUUAAAGAAGGAGAUACAGUAAUGAUUAUUGGAGAGAAUUUCACAGGCAAAACUGCAUGUUGUAGCUAUUUCUUGCAAUGUGUACCCAAUACAAAACUGGCAAUUUUUUUGAAUUACGAAGAAGUGGAAACACUCAAAACAAAAUUCAAUGUAAAAUCAAUACUGCAUGUGUACAUGACUGAUUUGUCCAAAGAGGAAAUGGAUAUUGUUUUUCAUUGGAUAAAGAAUAACUCUAACCAAGUUGUAUUCAUUGUUGACAAUUUCCACUUAUCACCUGAAUUCAAGCUCCAGUAUUUCCUUUAUGAAACUGAGGGACUACCAAAUGAAAUUUUUUAUAAUUUUUUUGUCACUAAUCGACAAUUCUCCAAGUCCCAAGUAUUCUGCUCUACAUCACAUGAUCCGAGGAAACAGUUUUUGAAACCCACACUGUCUAUAAAUAUUGAGGGAUUUGAUGAUACUGGAAUCAUGAAUAUGAUGAAAAACAUUUUGGGAAAGAAAAGCGAUAUCAUUGAUCUUUCUAAUGUUUUCCGAUAUUUUUGUGCAAACCCAGGAUUCUGUGAAAGCAUUUUGUACUGGAUAAAGAAUAAUAAAAUCAAUGCAGAUCCUGACUCAUUCUCUUCCGUAGUCUUUCAACUUUUCCUUGAGAAAUUGAACAGAUAUCCAUUGGUUCAAAGGAAAGACAAAAUCAAUUAUUUGUGUCAGAAAAUUAAUAAUGUACCAAAAAGAAAUGAAGCCGCUAAUAUUAAUCCGGAGAAAGUAAAAAAAAAUGAACGCAGGUCAAGCAGCCAAUCACAAGUUGCAACAUCUGUCAUGGAAUCGUCCUUAAACAGUGGUGGUCUCUCAUUCUUGGAGUAUGAAAAAAACUCCAUUGUCAAUGUAAAAUCUUCAAUCAACUGUGACAACUUGCAGAAUUUCUUUACUAUUGCCAUGUAUUUUGCAUUUUUUUGCAAAGUGGACGAUUUAAAAAAAAGAUUGAAAAAAAAAUCUUUGAAGUUUGGCUCAUUUGCAAACAUAUGGAUAAUGAUUGCUGGAUUUUUAAGAGAAGAAACAAUGAAAACGGCAAAGCAAAUAUUCGAACCAGCUGAAAUAGUAAUUGAUGAGAAAGAAGUUUCCAAUAAACGGGAGGUUAUUAAGAAAUUCAUCAAAGAUAAUAUUGCAAAUAUCUUGAAACAAAUUUACAUUGAACCACAAAUAACUUUGAACUGGUUUUCAAUCUGCAAUGAACUUAACGAUGAUCAACUUCUGCAAAUGUGCAAAAAGAAAAUUGAAAUUACGGACAAAAGCACAACUGAUGAAGUGGAUAAAGCAGCUGAGUUUUUGAGACAGCUACCAAAUAAAUUCUGCUCCAAUGUGAAAGUGAAGUACACCUGUAAUGAUGCAACAAAAACAUUAACAAUAGACAAUGCAAUCAGAGACAACCCAAACGGCGAACAAAUACUGGUGACGAGUGAAGGUUCAAAAGACAAUUUUUCCCUGAAACGCAAUUCCUCCAAAUAUCACUCAAGACAAGAAUUGAAUAACCGAAUGCCACAAACAGAUGCUCCAAUGACUCCUGCGAACGAUCAAAAUGAUUAUGAAAAUACGGAUAUUCAAAAUCAAUAUGAAGACGGCACUGAUUAGGAGGAGAUUGAACGAAAACUAUUUUCACUAAGCUAUAUUGAAAAUAUAUCCUUGUGAAAAAUACCUGGAUUGCUUUAUGAAACGUCAACAAUUUUCAGUUCAUGGUACUUCCCACAUAAGCAGCUUGUUCUGUGUUCUGGCAUUGAAAAUUAGGAAAAUGAGUUUUUAUAUGUUUAAAAGUUUUUUUACACAUCUCAUCUAGUUAUUCCACAGCUCCACACUAACUACGGUUACAGCUGGGUACUUAAAAUUUUAGAAUGAGUGCAGCCUAUCAAUUUCAAAUCGAUGUAUUAUAUGCUUUCAGUUCUUCAGUGACACAGUGUUUUAAUCGCAUAACUAUUACUAAAAGUUGUGUGAUAUACUCUAAAAUACGGUUGGGCAUGGAAACGGGCCGAACAUUUUGCCCGUCUGGGUUGGCGGGCCAUGUAAGUGUGAAAUUUUAUUGUUUAUUUUAUAGUUAUAUUGAAGUGUUGCUCAAUAGUGAUUGUAUAUGUAUAUGUGGAAAGUAUCACAUCGUCAAAACUUGGCAGCUGUUGUUUUGCAUAAGAAAAGCCACGCCACGAUUUAAAAAAAAAGCUUGAUAAAGCAAAUAAGCGCAGCUUUCUCACUUUGAUUUAAUUUAUGAAAAAAAUGAAUUUUAAGUAAAAAUGGGUUUUUGAAUUAGUCAGUUAAUUUUGUGACUACAUAAGGCAUAGGGGUUAUGUACGCCUAGUAUUUGAGUGUGAAAUUUCAAAAAAUUCAUUUAAAUUUUACUUCUUUCGUUUUUGUUGUGUCCCAACACUAACCUGGUACACAUACUACGGUUGUAUCAUAAUUUUAUAUGGCCGAACCCCUUACCCUGCGAUUGGGACAUAUUUGGAUAAGGAGCAAGAUCGCUUGCAAAUUGUUUCAUCAUGUAGGUGACAGUGGCUCUAAUAAAGUUAUUGUAUUUUAUACAUAUAGUGUUACAUUCAACGGUUAGAACUGGGUAAUUGAAAUUUUAAAAUGAAUACAGCCCAAUCAAUAUAUUAUAUGGCUUCAGUGAAACAGUGUAUUAAGCGCAUAACAAUUACUCAAAGUUGUUGUGUUAUACUCUAAAACAGGAUUGGGCAGGGAAACGGGCCAAACAUUUUGAUCGCCUGGACUGACGGGCCAUGCAAGUGUGACGCAAAAAGUUUCAUUUAUGGAACGAUAUUUACAAGUUACAAAAGCAAAAAACAAUAAGCCUCGUGGCAAAACUAUAUUUAAUAGCAAUCAAGACAAAUUAUCUGAGCUAUUUUUUUUAUCUAAAACAUCAAAAUUUGAUUUAAGUUUGGUUGUGGCAGCAUCAGGCGGGCAAGAUUGAAUAACUCAAUUUGGAUUUGGCCCGCAGGCUCUGCCCAUGUAAUCUCUAAACCAAUGUUUCCCAAUCUAUGGGUCAUGACCAAAAAGUAGGUUGCCCGAAAUUUGUUGUGGCUCGUUUGUGUUUUCAACAAAAACUGCUGCUUUUAUUUUGUAGGAAAUUUUAUCGUUUACUUUAUAGUUAUAUUGAAGUGUUGCUCAAUAGUGAUUGUAUAUGUGGGAAGCAUCACAGCGUAUAAACUUGGCUGCUGCUGUUUUGCAUAAGAAAUGCCACGCCACGAUUUAAAAAAAAAACUCGUUUAUGGCAAACAAGCGCAGCUUUCUCACUUUAAUUUGAGAGUUAAUUUAAAAAAAUUGAAUUUUAUGUAAAAAUGUUUGUUUCAUAUUCGUCAGUUAAUUUUGUACUCACAUACGGCAUAAGCAUUACCUACGCCUAGUAUUUGAGUGCGAGAUUUCGCAAAAUUCAUUUAACUUUUACUUCAUUUGUUGUUGUUUACUUUUACGCUGCUUUUAUUAUUGUUGUUUGUCGUCUAGUAUUAGUUGAGUGCGUUCGCAAUCACUUUAAUUAUCACAUAUUGCGCACCACUUGUUUGUUUGUUGUAUUCUACACUUCUCGGUAUUUUCUGAUACAGAUAUAGUAGAAACUGUAGUUUAUGUUCAAACUACACAUCCACAUUCAAGUAUUUACGCCCGAAUUAUCUUUCGUGUAUUUUUUGAAAUUUACAUCAAUUGGAUUGUUUGGGGUAAGUGGGCACGUGUUUACGUCUCAAAUCUCUUUCGAUUUUGCCCACUUACUUAUUUUCCGUAUAUCUGUUUGUUUUGCUAUGUAUUGUUUUGUUGUAACGAAAAAUUGAAAUAAACACUUACUUACUAAAAAGUUUGGAUCGCUCGAAUUUGGAUCUAAGAAAACCCAAUUACUCAAAUUUGAUCUGAAAUGUGACUUAAUUGAAUCUUGGUGGACCUGUUAUGUAACUAUUUAACCAUAGCCUUUUUACGUGAAACGCAUUCAUGUAAUCUGCUAAGGUAUACAGACUUUCGCCUUAGACACUCUGGCCAAUAGACUUUUCAAACCACUAGACGGUUCGAGUUAUGACUUCGAUUUUCUUUUGCCUCGGAAUCGUUUAAAAAUAAUGUAUAUGUGGAUUCAUUGAACGAUGUUAGGAUUGUACCAGUACCCGAAAGUUGUCGUGCAGUAUAUGCUGCUAAGACAACAAUAAACAUCUAUACAAAUGAAUACUCAAAUCCACAUGUUAUUGUGGAUUCUCCAAUCCCCAGACGGCUGAAAGCCAGAAUCCUUACUAAAACCUUUCAUACCACCUUGUGGUCAGAAUAGUCAGUGAAGGAUCGUCUGGGGCACAGAAAGUCUGUAAGCCAU